AUGCCCAGCCUUAUCGAGACGCAGAGCAUUCGUCCCAGGGCUUCUUCACGCAACCAGUUUCACUGGGUGACGGUGUGCCGGCAAACCCUUUACCCCGGAAACCUCACAAAUCCCUCGCUACACCCCACAACCCACAACACCCUUCCUCUUCCCACCAAACCAGGGCUGUGGGGACGCCUGGGCCCCACCAGGCGGCCGUGGGAGGAGCCGCCCUCAGAAGGCGCCCGCUGCCCAGCCGUACCCGGCCCUCAGCCCGCUCCUUCCUUCUUUCCUCCCUCCGGAGGGGGAGGCCCUCCUCUCCCUACCGCCCUUCCAGCCCUCUCCUACAAGCCGGGCACCCUCGGGCACCUUCCGCUCUCCGUCCCGCACCGCUUCACCCUCCCCUUUCCCGCCGACGCCAACCGCUCCGCCCCUCCCCACCCUCCGCUUCCGAGGUGCCCGCGGCCGUCCCCAGCGGGGGGCGGGGAGAGGAGCGGGCGGGAACGGGGCACCGAAAAAAGUUCCGCCCUUCUGCCCGCUCCCUCCUCUGCUGCUCGCUCGGCCCUCGAGCUGACGGGUUCCAUUAAUUCUGUGUUUAACGAAAACAAACACUUGGGUAAGGAGUUGGGCGGCCAAGGAGUAAGAGGGGAGAGGCACGGGUUUGCCCCCGCUUCUACCCUUGGCUGCUGCCGGGAGGCGCUCUGCGGCUCCGGGACGGGCUGUGUCCCGGUACCGUGUCCCUCUCCUUUCAGCUCCGCACGGCGGACCCUUCAGCUACCAUGGCCACCCGCCUGCCUGCCGCCGUGCCGUAGUUGCCCUUCCCCGGAGGCUGGACAGCAGGAGGUAACCCCCGAACCCCUCUCACGGCCCCCGGGCUACUUUCCAGCCUUCCCUCUCCCCGCUCCGAUGCGGGGCCUCCCCUCACCCUCCUUUCUCUGCCCGCCCCAUGUCACAGCCGGCUGCCGACAGCAGAUGGCCUGUCCCAUCGGGAAUUGUCCUGAAAGUAACCCCGAAAGUUACCUCUGGAGCCCAAAGUUAGAAAGCUGGGUGGUGCCUCUGCUUCCCUUCUGCAGAAAUCCGUCGCCCAACCUGGAUGGUGGAGGCUGCAGACCAGAGACCGCAAAUGGAAAGGGAAAAUAA